CACUCCUCAUCCCCUCUUGCUCUCUGUGAAAGCACAUUGUUCAACGCGGGCUCGUUUUACCCAGAACCAAUGAAUGCUUUGGUGCAUUUUAGCUUCUGAAAACCAAACACUUUGUCGGAGAUAAUAAAGGCACGAACAUCUGAGGACGGCAGGAAGCAGACCAAGAACAUUUUGAUUCCUCUUCAUUAUCACAGCUGAGAGAUUUGUUUCUUCUCCUGUAGACGAAACGUCGCUGUUGUCGCUAAUUAGACCCCUGCUUGUUUGCUUAGUGUGAGUGUGUGGUGAGCAGCAGCAGCAGCAAAGAUGACGGAGUAUAAGUUGGUGGUGGUGGGAGCAGGAGGCGUGGGCAAGAGUGCACUCACCAUCCAGCUCAUCCAGAACCACUUUGUGGAUGAAUAUGACCCCACCAUAGAGGACUCAUACAGGAAGCAGGUUGUGAUUGACGGGGAAACCUGCCUGCUGGAUAUCCUGGACACUGCAGGUCAGGAGGAGUACAGCGCCAUGAGGGAUCAGUACAUGCGGACAGGGGAGGGCUUCCUCUGCGUCUUCGCUAUAAACAACACCAAGUCUUUUGAGGACAUUCAUCAGUACAGGGAACAAAUUAAACGUGUAAAGGACUCAGACGAUGUACCCAUGGUGCUUGUGGGAAACAAAUGUGACCUCCCUGCACGCACGGUGGACACAAGGCAAGCCCAGGAACUCGCCCGAUCUUACGGCAUUCCUUAUAUCGAGACCUCUGCAAAGACACGACAGGGAGUAGAGGACGCCUUCUAUACACUGGUUAGGGAGAUAAGACAGCAUAAGCUGAGAAAGCUGAACCCACCUGAUGAGAGCGGACAGGACUGUAUGAGCUGCCGCUGUGUGGUAUCGUGAUGCAGCUGACCGUUGCACGUCGAGGAGAAAUGCUACAGCGUGUAGCGGCAGCAUGGACUUAAAAGAAAGAAAGAUGAAACAACUCGAUGAUGAAAUAUAAACUUUUUUCAAAAAGAGGAUGAUUGAAGCAAAAGCCCUCAAGAAAACCACCUGAGCUGACUGAACCAUGGAUUUUUAUGGACAGCAGGGUUUGGACUGUUGCCUUAGUGGCUACCUGAACUAGCCUGGUCCGGCCCCAUUUUUUUGGUCUUCAUGUCGAACCUGAGAGCUACACCACUACUGACUCUUUGUCAACUCCAGUGUGGUCUCGCUGGGUGGCUCAUCAAGUUCCCUGCUAACUUAUUGUUUUCAGUCUCAACACUGGUCUUAAAGGGGGUGUCUCUGACCUCCUCCCACCUUGAAAGCCUAAUUCCCCCCCCCCCCCACCCCCACCCCACAUCCUCGCCUGCCCACUGGAAGGACUGACUGAUUUACAGAAAUGGAAAAGACUGGAAUGGACUUUUAAGUUAACCCCUAAACUUCUUCUGUUAUUAACCUCCUCAUCCCACUCUACCUGCCUAUCCCCUCAAAUGUCUGAUUAGUCCCUUCUUUAUACUGGAAACAGAGAGUGGAGGCCGACAUGGGAAUGGUUAUAAUUUGUUGUUGUUUAACAGUUAGCCUAGCUGUAAAAAAAAAAGAAAAAGAUCUUUUUUUGUGAUCACAGGAUUCAAAAGUCACUGAGCAAUAUGUGAGCAAGGUUGUUUAUUUCUAAUGGCACCUGGUUUUGACAUUUUUCAUGGCCUGCCUGAUAGAGUUGGAAUCCUCUUUUUUUUUGUGUAUAGAAAUAUCGAAUGGAGAAUUUAAAGCAAGAGAAAUGUCCAGUAUGCAGCUGCUUUUCUCUCCCUGUCUCUUUACUAAGAGUUGUCUUUGUGGCAUAAUAAUAGUGAUGGCUAGUGUACGUAGGUUCUGGUGCAAUAGAAUUAUUUUCUGUCAAAUUGACCCAAACUAUUGGGAUCAAACCACAUUUCAUGGCUGCUUUAUUUUCCUGAGUUAGUUUGAUUUAGAAAGGAGAGGUACCAUGCAGGAAAAUCAAGUUGAGAAAGAAAACCCAACACUUUGUGCAAUGACAGAGGAUAGUUUUAGACAAAAAAAAAAAUUCUUGUUGCUUUUUUCUCACAGUAACUCUAUGGCGUCCGACUCUUAUUCUCAGUGAUAACUUAUAUUACUGCUAGAAUCGCUCCUUGUGGAUAAUAAGGCUCAGGAAUCAGGGUCUGGGACAUCUCACCUAGCAGUCCUGUAAACCAGGGUUAUGGAUGUCACUAGUUAGCUUUCAGAGUUUAACACACAUUCCUGCCUCAGACUUGAACUUGAGUUUUUUUUUUCCCCACACACACACCAUACAAUCCUCAAACUGCUCCUCCUUCUCUGUCACCUCAGCUCUUUAAUGGAACAAUAAUAGAUCAGGUGCUAAUCAUUUCAGAAAUAUAUUUACCUUAUAUGUUGGAGUGCACUUGUUGUUUAUUCAUGCCGACUAGCUUGUGCUCUCCAGGACUGCAUUAUUUGGCUGCCUCAGUGGAAAAGACUGCUCUGUGUUGACUUUGCCUUAUCUGUUAGCUAGUUUGUACCUCAUGUAUGCAGUGAGUUCUACCUGAGACGACUGUGUGUGUGUGUGUUAUGUUUGCUGCAUUGUUUUGUCUGUUUGUGUGCAACUUAAAAACAUUAGGAGUGUGUUGAGUUUAGACAUGUGCUGUAAAGAAUUCGAAGUCCCUAAAAAACACUACACUGAUUUUUUUUUUAAAAAAAAGGGUUUUUCUGUAAUGCCAUGUGCGUCUGAAUGUGAUCCUGUUUAAAAAGACUGAAAACUUGUGACAUUUUUCUAAACAACGCCAAGUUGUCUUGCUCCUGUGUUUGUAUAAUUUUACUCUUAAAUCGGGACAUGUCAUGGUGAUUUCUAUUUCUCAAACAGUUCACACAAUUAGUGGUGAAACUACUGGAAGACAAAGCUUCUUAUGCAAACUAUGAAAACAUCUGGGACCUCUUUGAUGAGAGACGUCGAAUGAUAUAUUGCCACUGUCUUGAACGGAUUGGUUUUGUACAGCUAAAGCAACUUGUUCAUUCAUAAAAUGCUUUUAAAGAAACAUGAUCAGUCUUGGUAACUGUGGAAAUGGUCAGUUUGUUGUCAUCAGUUACUUGUUCGUUUCUCUGCUAUGAGCAGGAUUAGGAACUGUGAAUGUGUUUCAGCCUUCAGAUCUUUUUUUAAAAGAAGCAUCAUGUUUCAGAUUUACAAUAACUAAAUAAUGCAGAGUUGAUCCUUGGUUCAACUGUUGGCUUUUUGUUCAUUUUUCACCCAUUAUACUUAAACCUUUAAACAGAACGAUUAUAGUGUUUGUAAUAUGUAAUGACAGUCCUGAUGGUAUACGUCUUCUCUCCCUGUUGAUCUUAUACACCCAUGAGUAAAUCACACAAUUCUACAAAUCUGUGUAUUCAAAUUCCCAUUACUUUAGAAUAUCCACAUCAUGUCACCGCAGGGAAACUCCAGCCAGCAAACCACAAGUAUACAUGCCAGAGAACCUGGCCAGCAUGACAAAGACUGUAUGAACUAUUUGGGAGUUUUGCACAAGGAUACAGUGGGCUCAAGGGCUUGUUUCUCUCCCUUGCAAACUGUGGAACUGGGGCGUGGAAGACAGAAUUUGUGAAAAUGUCAACUGUUUAGAUAUUUAAGAUGUAUUUACUCUUUGAAAAAUGUGGCAAAUGUAUUGCAGGACAGGAAUAAAGAUGUCAAGAAUAAAA